ACAGGUGGUCCGAGACUUGAUGUUGACCUGGGCGUAAGGAAAGCGGCAAAUAGCAAGCGAGAGGACAUUUUUUUGUUAUCUGGGAAGCUGCUUACUAAUCUGCCUCCACCUACCUAGUAAAGUAGCCUAUGAUGUUAGACUCUGAAAAACAUAUACGUUUUUACAUAGCACUGAGCCUGAGAAUGGUUACAACGCAGUUUUCCAUUGUUUAGCUAGUUAAAUAACUGAUGGUGGAAAUGAACGGCUGAGAUACGAUUCGUUGCCUUUUAGUGGAAGCAUGGAAAUGAAAGGAAAGGUUAAGUGUUAAAGCUGCUGCUGAGGGGGAAGCUGGCCAUGUCACGGGUUCCUACCCCUCCUCCACCAGGGGACAUGUCUACUGGACCUGUGGCAGAGAGCUGGUGUUACACACAGGUGAAAGUAGUCAAGUUCUCCUACAUGUGGACCAUCAACAACUUCAGUUUCUGUAGAGAGGAGAUGGGGGAGGUCUUAAAGAGUUCCACCUUCUCCUCUGGACCCAACGACAAGAUGAAAUGGUGUCUGAGAGUCAACCCAAAAGGACUGGAUGAUGAAAGCAAAGAUUAUCUGUCGUUGUAUUUACUUCUUGUUAGUUGUCCAAAAAGUGAAGUCAGAGCAAAGUUCAAGUUUUCCUUAUUGAACACUAAAAGAGAAGAGACUAAAGCGAUGGAAAGCCAAAGAGCCUAUCGGUUUGUCCAGGGGAAAGACUGGGGCUUCAAAAAGUUUAUUAGAAGAGAUUUCCUGCUUGAUGAAGCCAAUGGGCUGUUACCUGAUGACAAACUCACCCUGUUCUGUGAGGUGAGUGUGGUGCAGGACUCUGUGAACAUCUCUGGCCAGUCCAACAUGAACAUGCUGAAGGUACCAGAGUGCCAGCUGUCAGAUGACCUGGGGAACCUGUGGCAGUGUUCCCGCUUCACUGAUUGUUCCCUCUAUGUGGGAGGGCAGGAGUUCAAGGCACACAAAUCCAUCCUGGCAGCAAGAUCCCCCGUCUUUAACGCCAUGUUUGAACAUGAGAUGGAGGAGAGUAAAAAGAACCGUGUGGACAUCAGUGAUGUGGAGCCAGACGUGUUUAAGGAGAUGAUGGGAUUCAUCUACACAGGGAAAGCUCCCAACCUGGAGAAGAUGGCCGACAACCUGCUGGCAGCUGCUGACAAAUAUGCCUUGGAGCGUUUAAAGGUGAUGUGUGAAGAGGCUCUGUGCACCAGCCUCUCUGUGGAGAACGUGGCUGAUACCCUGAUCCUGGCGGACUUACACAGUGCCGAGCAGCUCAAAGCACAAGCCAUAGAUUUUAUCAACAGGCAAGUAUCUGUAGAAAGUCCCAGUGAUGAAUCCCUCCUGCCAGCCGUGUUUACCUUCUCUCAGCGCUGCUCUGUUAUCUCCUGUAGGUGCAGCGUCCUCCGACAGCUGGGCUGUAAAGAUGGGAAAAACUGGAAUAGCAGUCAUGCCACGGACAUAAUGGAGACGGCAGGCUGGAAGUCAAUGAUCCAGUCCCACCCUCACUUAGUGGCCGAGGCCUUCAGAGCCUUGGCAUCGGCACAGUGCCCGCCCUUCGGCCUGCCGAGGAAACGCCUAAAACAGUCCUGACUGCUACAGCCCUCUGAUCCAGACAGAGAGCUGAGGAAGCCCACUGAUCCAGACAGAGAGCUGAGGCAGCCCACUGAUCCAGACAGAGAGCUGAGGCAGCCCUCUGAUCCAGACUGAGAGCUGAGGCAGCCCUCUGAUCCAGACUGAGAGCUGAGGCAGCCCUCUGAUCCAGACUGAGAGCUGAGGCAGCCCUCUGAUCCAGACAGAGCUGAGACACCAUGGGGACACAGGACUAUGAAGAAGAGAUCCCCCCCAGUCCCCUCAUAGACUGUCCGUCUCAUCCUAUUGGUUUCUAUCUGAACAGGGCUGGUAGCAUGGGAGACUGACUCCAACUGGUAGAAAGUAACGUUUGGUUUUGGUCCUCAAGUUUUGUCGCUAUUUUUCUGUAAUUUCAAAUGGCCUUAAUCUAUCUCCCAUUGGAGCUGAUCCACUGUGUUCUCUCUAUUUGACUCUGUACCUGCCCCAUCCCACAGACCAGGCUGCCCCGUCCCACAGACCAGGCUGCCCCGUCCCACAGACCAGGCUGCCCCGUCCCACAGACCAGGCUGCCCCGUCCCACAGACCAGGCUGCCCCGUCCCACAGACCAGGCUGCCUCGUCCCACAGACCAGGCUGCCUCCAGAUUGCACUAGUUCCCAUAGUAAUUUUGAUAUGGAGUUCUAUAGGGACGUGUUAAGCGUUUGAUUCAUGGGAAAUAUUAUAUAUUUGUAAUGUUAAGCCCAUUUUGUGACUAGACAUUAAAAAUCGUGAACACUUUCAGUGCAAAGUCAAUUCUUUACACUUUUUAAAAGAUGAGUAUGCCCCAUAUUGAUGGCACCAUUUCUAUGUAAAUGACUGUUCAACCAUCUUCAGAAGGUGUUUCCUGGCGUUAAAAGACUGUGUUGAUGCUGUUAUUAUUGUAUGGAAGACUUGAACAUGUCGAUAGUCUCUGCCUCUACCCUAGAAAAAGUAUUGGACGAAUAGGAAAGGCUCUUUCCCCAAACAGUCUCCCAUUGGAUGAUGGGAGACUUAUGCAAAGAGCAAUCUAUAGAUUCAACUUCAAGAGAUUUAGGUUUCCAUACUACUACCAACAUGCAAAUAUUUGUACACUGAGUAUACAAAACAUUAGGAACACUUUCUCUUUCCAUGACAGACUGACCAGGUGAAUCCAGGUGAAAGCUAUGAUCCCUUAUUGAUGUUACUUGUUAAAUCCACUUCAAUCAGUGUAGGUGAAGGGGAGGAGACAUGGUAAAUAAGGAUUUAUAAGCCUUGAGACAUGACAUUAUGUAUGCGUGCCAUUCAGAGGGUGAGUGGGCAAGACAAAAGAUUUAAGUGCCUUUGAACGGGGUAUGGUAGUAGGGGCCAGGUGCACCCGUUUGAGUGUGUCAAGAACUGCAACGCUGCCGGGUUUUUCACACUCAACAGUUUCCUGUGUGUAUCAAGAAUAGUCCACCACCCAAAGGACAUCAAGACAACUUCACACAACUGUGGAAAGCAUUGGAGUCAGCAUCAGUGAGGAACUCUUUCAACACCUUCUAGAGCAUGCCCUGAAGAAUUGGGGCUGUUGUGAGGGCAAAAGGGGGUUGCAAACUCAAUAUUAGGAAGGGGUUCCUAAUGAUUUGUACGCUCAUGGUAUAUUCUUAAUCUAUUGUGCUUGGCAAAAGAUAAACGUGGGAAAGACUAAUGCAUGGUCCUGUAUUUUUUUCUGCAAUUAUCUACAAGUGUCUGUAAAGGAUUUUAAUUAAUUGAGUCCAGUCUCAGUGCAAACUAGGCUCCAACAGUCUUGGACAUGUACAGGGUGCUGAGUAUCACUGUCCAUUAUUACUGUCUUUGUUAUAGGGGUCAGGGGUCAGGCCAGCUUCACAUUCUAAGCAGUCAGGACCUCAAAUGAUUCAAUUCAUCAAUGGAAUAAAUGUAAACUUUUCCUGAUCUGAACCUGCAUGAAUGGUUCACGUUAGCCGUACAGCCAUGAUGUGUGUAUUGAUGGUUCACAUGUUGGUCGUUAACAGUGUGUCAUAGCUGCUGUUAUGUGGUAUGGCAGAUGCCUAUUUAGAAGAUUUUGUAAAUGACAGAAAGUGACAUCCUUUUACAUGGAAUUACUCAGUCAUUCUGUGUUCUGUUGCAAUGUUGGAAAAAGAUUGUUGUCUGAGAGAAUGCCUGCAUUAACUCAUUAAAGAUGCAUCUUUAUUUACCUGCCA